CAGCAGGUAGCAGAGAAUCCGAAGCCCCCCAGCAAAGAACCUGAUUGGCCACCUUAUCCACGCUCCGGCCUCGUCACCACACUUUUGCAAAUGCGCGGCCGCAUGCCGUGCCAGCCUCAGCAACGCAACAAUGUCGCAGCGAAUCCUCAACACCGCCAAGCCGACGCAAGCACCGACGCAGCGCCACCACCUUUCACCUCCACAGCCGCCGCCUAAGCUCGGUCGCCGCGCCGCCGCGGCGGCGAUCGCCAUCGUGGCCGCGCCUGCGCUGCUGAGCGUCUCGCCGGCGCCGUCCAAGGCGCAGGAAGCCGAGCCCGAAGAGCUCGCCGGUGCCGGUGCCGGUGCCGCCGCCGCCACCGACACCGCGGCGGGGCCGUGCCUCGCGGAGUUGCCCGUCACGGCGACGGCCUUCCUGGACGUGUCCAUCGGCGGGGAGCCGGCGGGGCGCAUCACGGUGGGCCUGUUCCGCGACGCGGCGCCGGCGGGCGCGUCCCGGUUCCUGUCCCUCGUCACGGGGGUCGGGUACCGGCGCAAGGAGUUCGUGAAGAUCGUGCCGGGCUACGUGCAGCACGGCGGCGUGGUGUCGUACCCGGCCGUGCCGGCGGUGACGGACCGGCUGGCGGCGGAGGCGGACGCCCUGCGCGCGCGGUGCGGCGCCGGCGGCGGGGCCGUGCACGGGGCGGCGGGCGCGGUAUCGAUCGUGGUGCGGGACCCGAGCCUGCCGCCGCCGAAGCCGAAGCUGGUGGCCAAGGGCGGGAAGCUGGAGGUGGAGGAGGAGCAGGUGGGGGUGGCACCCAACGGCACCGAGUUCGUGAUCACCACGGCGGCGGCGCCCGAGCUGGACGCGUCGGCGGUGCUGGUGGGCAGGGUGCUGGACGGCAUGGACGUCGUGGCCAAGAUCGCCGCCGUUCCCACCGUCAGGGACAACGCCGGCUCGCCAUACUUCAGAGUGGCCAAGCUGAUUGGUGACAAGAGAGCAGUGGUUGCAGAGAGAGGAUUCAACCGUCCUUACACCAAGGUCGUCAUCACCAACUGCGGCAUGCUAAGUAAAACCGAGUAGUACUAUGAGAAAAGCAACACUCCUUUUUUCUUUAACGCGAGAGUUCAUUGUCUUCGUUUGCCCUGUCUCAACCAUCACAAGAAUUGAGUGGAGAGCCCACGGAAAAAAGCUAGAUUGGCGCGAACAUUUCAUU